CUUCCCUAUAUAUUCAUGCGAGUUGAUGCUUGCUCCCCUCAUUACAAUUACAAAAAACAGAGAAAUAUGAUUAGUGGAAUGAUCUCUACUGGAAGCCAUGCGAGCUUCCACACCAUCUCAAAAUCCAAACUCUCAACCCAAACAUCCUUUCUUGAGCCAUAUUCUCACUUUAGCUUCAAUACCCAUUUCCCAAAACCAAGCUUUUCCUUAACAACUCAUUCCAAAUCGGUUAGAACCACCCCGAUUAAGGCCUCCGCCACCGCCACCACUGUUGAUGACCUUUAUAUCAAUGCCCAGAGUUUUUAUGAUUUGCUGGGUAUCUCGGAGAGUGGAACGCUCUCAGAGAUCAAGAAAGCUUAUAAGCAACUUGCCAGGAAGUACCACCCUGAUGUGUCACCUCCGGGCUAUACAGAGGAGUACACUAAGAGAUUUAUUCAAGUGCAGGAGGCUUAUGAGACCUUGUGUGAUUCCAAAAGUAGAGCCUUGUAUGACAUGGAUAUGGCUGGAGGCCUAGACUUGCAGACGAUUUUCUCCACCAGAAAGCGAUCCCGCUCCAACGAGGGAUUGAAUGAUGAUAGAGUUGAGAGGAAAGAGAGAUGGCAGUCUCAGCUUACAGAGCUAAUAAGGAUGAGUAAUUAUAAUGAUAUGAAGAGCAUGAGCUGGGGAGCUAAAAUGCGCAGCCAAAAAAGUUGCAGAAAUUAGAGAGCAAUGGAUUAUCCCAUGUGUAUACAUAUUUUCUAUCAUUUUCUUUUUCUCUCUGUUUCUCAAGAAGCUUUUGCAAUCGUGAUGGGAGGGGAAAGGGAAAAAAAAUAUCAGAAGGAAGGCUAUUACCAUAUAGCAAUUUGAUGUUAAUCCUUUCCUUCCUUUGUUCGCUACUCCAGGGAAUGUUGUGGUGUUAUUUUCCACCCAACGCACAUAUAACAGAGUUUCUGCAAUGCC